AUGCCUCCCUCACAGCGAUCCCCCCCGGAGUCCCUCAAGCUAGACCCUGCCACCGCCCACCCCCUCCUGGAACUCUCCAAGGGCAACACGGUGGUGCAGUGCGGCCUUCUGGCCCAGCGGCGUGCCAGCCAACCCGAGCGCUUUGACUACAGUACUUGCGUCCUGGCCAGUCGGGGCUUCUCCUGGGGCCGUCACUACUGGGAGGUGGUGGUGGGCAACAAGAGCGACUGGCGCCUGGGGGUCAUCAAGGGCACAGUGAGUCGCAAGGGCAAGCUGAGCAAGUCCCCAGAGAACGGCGUGUGGCUCAUUGGCCUGAAGGAGGGCCGGGUGUAUGAGGCCUUUGGCUGCCCUCGGGUGCCCCUGCCUGUGGCCGGCCACCCCCACCGCAUCGGCGUCUACUUGCACUAUGAGCACGGAGAGCUCACUUUCUUUGAUGCUGACCGCCCCGAUGACUUGCGGCUGCUCUACACAUUCCAGGCUGACUUCCAGGGCAAGCUCUACCCCAUCCUGGACACAUGCUGGCACGAAAGGGGCAGCAAUGCACUGCCUAUGGUGUUGCCCCUGCCCAGCGGGCCUGCCCACCUCACCCCCCCACAGCCCAUCAAGCUGUAGGGUUGCUGGUGGGUCUGCUGGGUUCAGCGAGCAGAGAUGAGGUUCUUUACUGUUUGGGAAGGUCUUCGUGCCUGUGUGUUCCUGGAAACACCUAAUGAUAAGAAAAGGACUCUAAUCCCUUCCCUGUCAGCCAGGGGCAUAUUUAUUAACCUUUUUGCCAGGUUAUUCAGCUGCUUAUUAACCAGCAGAACCAGGCCUUGGUGUCCAUGGGUUAAGAUAGGCUUCCCUUGAUCCCUGCUAACCAUGCUUUCUGCUUACUCUUUUAACAGAAGGUGGAAACAUUCCCACACAUAAUUUCUCUUUGUCAUUGUGAACUUAAGGAUAAUAAAUGUGACGCUAUCUUUAAA